AUGAAUUACAUUUUAGUUGAAUAAGAUGAAAGACUUUAACUAUUGAUAAGUAUUGUUAAGAGAAUUAAAUCUAAUACUGUUGUAGUUUUCUCUGAAAAUUAAAUUAAUGUAAUGCUAUUUUCACAAUUUAGUUUUUGUAAGAGCUAUUUAUCUUAAUGGGAAUUAAAACGAAUUUUAGAACAUAAUAGUAACCAGCCAAUUAAACUUUGCAAAUUUAUUAUGAUCCCCCUUUAACAGAAGUUAAAAAUGGUUUAAUAUUUGUAUUGCCUGAAGAGAAGAUACCUAAUUGUUCUGAAAGCAAAUUAGAAAAAAAUAAAUUAGAAUAAUUUGCUACUCAACAAGUUAUAAAACUAGUUUCCACCAAUUACAAUCUUAAUUGUCUAGCUGAUAAGGCAUACAAAGAUUUUGUCUAAGUAUUAAAUUAUAUUAAUAUAUAUAUAGACAUAUUAACACAAAUUAGAUUAGAGUAAUUAUGAUGUUUUAAAACUAAAUCCUAUGAGAUUAUGUAAAUCUUUUGGAUUUGAAAUCACUCCUAAAUUGAAUAGUAUUAUUAUUAUUUAUAAAUAUAUUAUAGAUUUUAGAUUAAAAUCAAGCAAAGAAUAUCCAUAGAAAUAGAUUAAAACUAAUUAAAUAAAAUCUAAAUAAAUAAAAAAGAAAAAGAAACUUGUUAAUUUAAAAUAAAAGUAAUAUAAAAGUUGA